UUGAAAAGGAAAGGAGGGCACGGCUGAAGAGAGGGAUGCAGGCUGCUGUAUGAUGCUGCUCUUCCAGCUCACACUAAGAUAGGACUGCAAGUGGUGAUUUGGGGAGUGGCUACAGUUUCUCACUGGGGAUUCUGAAGGAGGAUAGUCUAAUGUAUCUCGAUCUGUUAGAUUCUGUGGCUCUAUCAUGCCACUAUGCCAGCCAUGAACAGACCAGGGUUUCUUACUAAAGCAGGCCUGAGGAGACUUCUAACUACAGAUGAGGUAUGGAGUCUUGGGAGGAAGAGAAGUUUGGGAGAACAUAAUAUCCCAGCAGAGCAGGAGAUCCUUCAGAAAGCAGGGUCCAAAGAUUCAGGUGACCCAAAAUGUUUCUCAUCAUACAGCCAUCGAAGCAAGCCAUGUCAUAACAUCAGCACUGAGAGAAAAGUAAAAAGAGAGGAUGGAAAAUCUCCACAUAAACCGGAAUCACUAAAGGCAAACUCUAAACCUCAUGGUUACGGUGGGUCAGAGCCCAAGCCUGCAAAAAAAGUCAAGAGCCCUCAUCCAAAGGUGAGCCCAAUGAAAAGCACUGAAACACACUCAAGAGAAAAAGUCCACUGGAAGCCUCUAAAGGAUGUUCAUCAUUUCACAUCAGAACACAACCGGCCUAGCUGUGGAACAUCUGACAAUGCCCCCAUAGUGUCCUGUUUGUCCUCUGAUAUAGAGGAAGAUCUGCCCUAUGAUUAUGAAGACUUACAUCAAGAACCUGGAGAAAAAAGAGAAGCAAGGUUUCAAGAGAAACUAAGGCCACAUUCCUCUUCAUUUAAAAUGACUGUAGACUGUAGUGAGGUAAUAACUGACAAUCUGACUCUUAAUGUACAAAACGGCCAUCAUUUGCAAAGUGUGGUAUUCAACAAUAAUCAUGAGAUUUGUGAUGUCUCCAGGAAGUCAAGCACAGCUUAUACUCAGACACAUGAGAUUGAUUUAGCCUCUGAGAUCUCUGAAAAUCUGAAGUGGCAGAACAUAAAAGAUUCAAUGAUAGAAAAACCACUUGUUACAAAUUCAGUCCUCUCUGUAAGAAGUGAUAUAAAAGAGACUGACAGCCCGUCUUGUGAUGAUAGCCUUUCUGAGGCAGAAGAUAAAUCAGAACCAUUUUCCCUCCAGAGUGAAGGACUGGUCUGGUCUGAAGAAGAGAAGGAUGUUCACAGUGAAGAGAAAUCUGAUGCAGGCACAUUUGCUUUGGUCUAUGCCGAAAAGUGUACCCUAAUCCCAGAAUCUCUUCCUUGUUACCAACAGUUCAACAAUAAACACUAUGAAGUUGAUCCCUAUGGUCUGCUUCAUAGUCAAAAGCAAAUCACAGCAGAAUCCAACCUGUCCGAGAUUCUCUCUCCUGUAGAUGAGGUCUUGUCAUACGGAAGUGCUGAGUUUCCUCUGUCACAUAAAGGAGGAGGUGGCCCAGGACUAGAUAUCAACAAUUUAGUACCUCCUUCACCUGCCUUUGAGAUAAUUACAUGGACUAGUGAGGAGGAUCUUCCAGCUCCACCCGACUGUCUUGACGACAUUUCCAUAAGUAGCGAGAACAUACCUCCUCUUCCUGUGGACUUGUAUUGCAGGAGAGAUACAGAGAUGCCAAGUAAGACCAUUAAUAAUGAUGCUAACUCCGAUGAUUUGUGUCAAAUGCUACAUUUUUCAGAGCAGGAUCAGGAUGACGAGGGUUCAGAAUCCACCAGCUCUCUUCUUGUGGAUGACAGUAAGGAAAGCCAAGAUCCUUUGUCCUCCUUUAAUAUUGGAGACAGGGUUCUUGUUUGCAACUCAAGACCAGGAGUUCUUAAAUAUAAGGGAUACACUGCUUUUGCUGAUGGCUUCUGGGCUGGAGUUGCACUUGAUAUCCCUAAUGGAAAUCACAAUGGCACAUUCAGAGGUGUAAAGUAUUUUACGUGUCAGAAGAGCUGUGGGGUCCUGGUCAGAGCUGAGGACAUUUCUCCUCUGCAUGUAGAGCACUGUAAUGAUCCAGAUGCAGGCAUGGAUGAAGAUACAUUCUCAGAUGAGGAUCCCACCAAUAACCAAGCUAUGGAGAAUGGGAAUAAACCCUCUGGUAAGGGGCAAAGAAGACAAAUUGGCAGACACUGUUCUCAUAAACAUGGUUCAUCAACACCAAACCAGACAUUCCAACACGAGCCAUGUGAAAAUGAUGAAGUCACAGACAAUAAGUUGCCAUGCAGUGAAAGAACACCAUUAAAUAUUGAUUUUAUAGGCCAUCUGGAUGACUCUGAAGCUCGGACAGAAAAGUUAACUGAAGAGAUUUUUCUAUAUGCUUUAAAGAAUAUACAGGAAAUGGGAUCAACACAUGACAGUAAACCAAAGGACAUUAAUUUUAAGAAAAAAGAAGCUGGAAAUGUGAUUAACAAACCACGUCUCAUGGAUAAAUGGCAGCAGGUGUAUCCAGUAACUCCACCACAGAUACGGGUCAAACCUCAUGAACACAGCAUUGUGUACAGAAUAGUUGAUGAAACGGUUGAGACUCUGUGUGGCCAGGCAAACAGAAGUGCACUUGAUGUUUGUGAAACACCAAACUACUUGAUAGAUGAUGAAAGCCGCAAAACCUACAGUCAGGUCCUUUUCCAGUUAGCAUCUGAUAUUCUGAACAAGAUUUGUGCUGUUAUAUUGGAAAUGAGUGGCACUUUUCAGAACACAGUGGAUAAAUCAAUGAUCUCACAUGUACAGAGAAGACAAAUUUCGGUUAAACUUUUAAAGGAUGCAGUGAAAAGGGAAACGCAGAAAGUGCUUAAUUUGGAACAAACUGAUCAAGAAAGGACAGAAACGCUGCAAACGCUGUGCAAAUACUGGUAUGCUAAGAGAGACAGAGUGGACUACAUCCUGAUUCAGGAUCUCCACAAUGAGGAGAAGGAGUGGGUGGAUUACAGUAAUGACCAGAUCACUGUGAAAAUGAGACUGGCCAAUGAGAUUUUCAGCUUCCUUCUGGAUGACACUAUAUCAGUUCUUAACCAUAUAUAUAUCAGACAACAAAUGAUAUAGACUUGGCAUCCUUACCAUGUCUUUUGGAAAAUUACAAACUUUGUCACUUCUUGACUUUUUUUUUCCAAUUCUGUGUAUGCAUUUAAAAUAGAAACCAAAUAAAGGGAAUGUGUGCUUAUAUAU